AUGAAGCUGUUUCUGGUUCUCCUUAUUCUGCAGUUUAAGGUACCAACAGAUACAGCAUGCCCCAGAAAAUGCUUUAGUAAUAUAAUAGACUACUGCCGGAAGAAAUGUGAAAUGGGGGAAAUAUGUGAAGUGGCAUGUCUAAAUGGGAAAUUAUGUUGUGUAAAUGAAGUAAAAAUCAAAAAACACAAGAAAGCCCCAGAGUCACCCUUCUCUACCACAGCCUGAUGGAAGAUAGACUAUGUCAUUUUACCCACCACCACACUUCUCACAGUGCAACUAUAA